UGUUUUUGUUAUUUUAGGUUAUAAUACUACUGUUAUACAUAUUUAUAUAUUUGGAUGGAAUUUGGAAUCUCUUACAGUAUUCUUUAUAAGUAUGGAUCAAAACAGACGUAGAAUAACAGUAAAAUAUAAAUCUGCCAAUCCUUUGUUUGAACAAUGGCUACAUGAAUGGAAAGUGGAUGCAGAAGCAAAAGACUCCAAACUAAAGUACACAUACAAGCUAGCAUUAAAUUCUAUAAGACAAUGUCCUAUUCCUUUUAAUUCGGGAAAAGAAUGCAAAAUAUUGAAGGGAUUUGGUACUAAAUUGUGUCAAAUGCUAGAUAAUAAACUAAAACGACACAAAGAGAAUAGUGAUGAUAUGGGCACUAAUGACAAAAAUACAGAUAUAAAAGCGACUAAUUUAAAUUCAAGCCCAGCGUCAGCAAAUAUAUCCAAUGAAAACGAUCCACAAGCAAAACCAAAAAUUAGUAGAAAAAACGGAUCCAAAGCGAAAAAGAUUCCUUCCCCAUUACAAAAACAAACAUCAUCAUCAUCAUCAAUGGAAGAUACAUCGGAAAAUUCGCAAGAAAUUAAAGGCAAUGCUACCAAAGGAAAAUCUAGAAAAAUAACAAAGCAUGUUUCAAAUACAUCAGAAGAAUCUACACAAAAUGUUCAGGACUUUUUUGUGAUAGAGCCCGGGAAUUUUGAUAUUAUUUUGUAUAUUGAUACAGCAGAAACAGGAAAUCAUUCGCAGAGGAAGACUGAUCAUUUUUUGAAACAGUUAGAUAAACAGUCAGGUGCUUGCCAAUAUGAAAUAAAAAAGUUAAAUGUUGGUGAUUACGUAUGGAUCUGCCGUGACAAAACGUCCAAAAAGGAAUUGGUCCUCCCAUACAUUUUUGAAAGGAAAAGACUGGAUGACUUCUCACGCAGUAUUACAGACGGUCGAUACAAAGAACAAAAAUUUAGACUGAAGAAGUGCGGCAUAGAAAACAUUUAUUAUUUGUUGGAAAACUAUAGUCAUCACACUUUACCUCUCACGACGUUACAACAGGCUGCCUUCAAUACUGCUAUACACGAUGGCUUUAAAAUCAAAAUGACUUCCGGUCCAACUCACACCGCAACACUUUUGCUUAACUUUUCAGUAUUGCUGAAAAGAAUUUUCGAAAAGAAGACUUUAUUCAGAUGCGAAAAAGAGUCGAUCGCUCCAUUAGAUUUGAAUGAUGACGUUGCUUCUUUGAUGAGUUUCACAGAUUUUAAUAAAAGUUCCAUCAAAAAUAGGCCAAUGAUGGUGACUGACCUUUUUAUAAAAAUGUUGAUUCAGAUACGAGGAAUGUCGGUGGCUAAAGCUGUUUCUAUUACUGAGUUUUACCCAACACCUAUGUUAUUAAGAAAAGCCUAUGAAGAUUGUGUUGAUGAAGCGUCAAAAGAAAAGUUAUUAGAAGGUAUAAUGUGCGGUAACAGAAAACUUGGUUCGACUUUAAGCACCACUGUACACCAGUUAUUUAAUUUUACGAAUUAUUAGAUGGCAUAUUCAGUAAUGGAUUAGUAUCUUCUUUACGUAUGGCUUAUGACGGGUUUCACCAACGACAAAUAGUAGUUUUUAGUCCAUUAAAAUGUUACAUUUUUUAAGCUAUACCUUGCAUUUGUUAGAGGAGUCAAUUUUAUUGCUUUAUUGUGUAGGGAGGAUCAGUAGAAGCCUAAGUUCAAGUUUUUGGGGUCGCCACCCUUGUCCCCCGGCCACCAUCUUGGAAAUGGGGUGCAAAGGGGUUUCGCGCUAUACCUCGUAAACUACCAACCCUACGAAAAAUCUAAUUAAACAUACAAUGUAGCAAAUUAAAUUUUCUACAAUUUUGUUUCCAUUACUUUUUAUCGCCACGUGACCACCAAAAAAGAAAUAAACAAAAAUAUGUAAAAAAUUUUUAACAUGUUUCUUUUUGGAGGUUAUAACUUUUUUUCAGUUCAUUUUAAAAUAAAAUAACAGCAAUUUUGUAGAGGGUUUUUCAGCGAACAAUUUCCACUAUAAAGUUGUUUAGUUCUAUUUAUUUAUAUAGGUUUUUACAGCGCUCCAAACUUGACCAGAUUCUCGAAUGCUCAUAGGGAUACAAUAAAAACAAAAGUUAGGCUUACUUUUCUAUCUAUAUAUAUUUUUUAUUCAUACAAUUUAUUAUGAUUUUAACAUUCCUAUGGUAUUAUUAAUCUGUUUUUGACCUUUCUCCACACUAUAAAACUUAUAACCCUAAGCAAAUAUAGAAAAGGCCCAAGAAGUUGUUUGAGGACAAAUUCGCCGGUUCAGAAGAAGAAUGACGCAACCGCAGAAUGCAAAAUUCUUAAGAAGAGCAAAAAACGAUUUUUGAUAUCAAAAUCAUAAAGUAAGAUCAAAAUUAGCCAUUCACCACACCGUGGUCAGGAUCUCGAGAUUUAAGCGUUUUUUGGGGUGUGUCGCUUGUCUAUGAAGUAACAUAACUUUUUUCCUAUUGUAUAUUUUGACUUAAAAUUUUCAAAAAGACUUUUUCAUGAAUUAUAUUUUAUUGUUGUGUUGGUUAAAAUUAUGAACCAAAAAGUUUGUCACUCAACUUUUUUAAGUAAACAUGAAACUAACGAAAUAUGAUGACAAAAUGUUUAAAAAUUAACAACUCCUUUUCUAAUGUGUUUAAACAUUUUGAACAAAUUUCAUUGUUAUCUACAUAAAAGAUGACACAGUAAAAUUUUCAAAAGGAAAUAUUUACAGCGACCAAAGAUACAGCGAGGUAAAUUAGAAUAAUCAUCAAAAUUUAGGCCUUUUUGUAUAAAAUUUGAUUUUUGAACAUGUUCCACCAAUUCUAGUUAAAAAUAAACUUCAUAUUCGGAUUCAGCGACCUCGAAAAGAUAAAAACAGACCAAAAUUGGUCAUUCACCUUAAAUUUGAUUUUCGUGGUCGGCAUAACGGUUGACGCCGCUCGCCUAAUAUAUGGAUAGAAAAAUAUUGUUUUUAUUGUAUUCCGAUGAGAAUUCGAGAAUUUGGUCAAUUUUGGAGCGCUGUAAAACCUAGAUAAUAAAUAAAAUUAAACAACUUUAUAGUGAAAAUUGUUCACUGAAAAAUCCUCUACAAAAUCGGUAUGAUGUAAUUUUAUUGUAAAAUGAACGGAAAAAAGUUAUAACCUCCAAAAGGAAACUUCUUACAAAAUUUUCUCUUAUUUUUGUUUAUAACUUUUUUGUUGAUCACUUAACGAUAAAAAGUAAUAGAUAUACAAUUGUAGAAAAUUUAAUUUGCUACAUUUUAUGUGUAAUUAAAUUUUCUGUAGGAUUGCUAGUUUAGGAGAUACAGCGCGAAAGCCCUUUGCACCCCUUUUUCCAAUAUGGCGGCCGGGGGACAAGAGCGGCGACCCCAAAAUCUUAAACUUAAGCUUGUACUGAACCCCCCUACACAUUAAAAAAAUAAAAUUGACUCCUCUAAAAAAUGCAACCCUAAAUGUAACAUUUCAAUGGACUAUUUAUUCGAUGAAUAAAGUUAUUCGUCCAAUAUACAGGGUACACCACAGUUCUGAUGACUAUAAAGAAGUGGUGAUUUAUUUUUGAAAAUAGUCUCAUUUUAGCUUGACACACUUGACGCAGCGAUGCCUAGACUUCUUUAUCCCGUCUGAACAAUACGUUUUCUCGAGGUCUGCAAAAUAGGCAUCCGUGGCGGCGAUGAUAUCCUUAUUCGACUUAAAUUUCUGCCCAGCGAGUGAAUUUCUCAAGUUUGAAAACAAAAAGAAGUAGCACUGGGCCAAAUCCGGAGAAUACAGUGGAUAGGACAGCAGUUUGUAGCCCUUCUUCUUCUUCUUCUUCUUUUAGUCCAUUUCUAUCCAACUUUGGACAUAGGCCUUCCACAAAUCUUUCCAUUUCCGUCUGCCCUUGGCUUAUUGACCCAAUUCGUCCAAUUUCGCCAUACCGACGGCGGAGGUGUAAGCCUGUGCGUUGUUACGGUGGAAGAGCAUUUUUCUUCACCAAUUAGGGCUUUUUUCUAAGGACCUUUCUAAGAACUAAGGGGAUCUCUAGCACUUCCUGUCUCUAGGAUUUCUCUUUGUUUCAAUCUAACUUUUUAAAUUCAGUAUAACUGUCUUUGUAUUCAAUAAUGUCUUUAAAUUUCUCAAUUAUUGAAAUAAGAUUUUCCUUUCUAAAUAAUUUUUGGUUCUUUCACGUUUUUUGUCCAUUUUUAUCAAUCAAACAAAAAUCAACCAAUAACAUAGAAUACAGUGAUGAGUGCGCUAAUAACCGGGAAAAUAACGCAAAAGAUGGAAAACAAAUAUUGUUAAGAAAAGAGAGAUGAAACUACCCAAGUAGCACCGAACGGGUUUAUUAAGUCUUUUAAGGAUGCUUUAAAACUGUAGAAUAAAACUAAAAUUAAAACCAUUUGGUUUUUAAAUAAACCUUAAGAUUGCAAUAAAACCGCUUUCAGCAUAAAAGGGCCCACUCUGAAAGAGGUCAAUAAAACCAAAAAUAAAAACCUUAAAACUUUGUUUUCUUAAGCAACUGGUUUUAAAGCUGCUGUAAAGGUGCUUUUAAGAGAAAUCAGAGAAAAAAAAUUUAUGGAACGCUUACAAUUUUGAACAUCUUUAACAACAAAAUACUUGGAUCAGAGAAUAUAUUAUCCUGAUGUAUUCUCUGCUUGGAUCUUCCACAAAUAAUACACAAUAAAUAACUUUUUAUUAAGUUCACGUCUUAAAUCAAUUAUUUAUCAAAUACACUAUAUACCAAUAAUAUUUAAUCAAUACAGUGGAACCCCGCCAAGUCGGCCCCCGAUAACCCGGAAAUCCGGCUAACCCGGACCGAUUUUCAUCAAACAAAACAAACAUUUUUUCCCUUUGACUGAUUUUUUUAUCAAGAAAUUAACAAUCGUGUAUACAACUGUACGUAAUUUAGAUGUACUGUAUUUCAUGUUUUUGCAAUUAUGUGUAUUUUCCAAUUAAAAAUAUUUAUUUUACUAAUUUUUACCAUAUUCUCCGGCUAACCCGGAUUUUCGAUAACCCGGAUCGGCCGCGGUCCCGAUUAAUCCGACUUAUCUAGGUUCCACUGUACCUCAAAAUAUUCCCGAUGCAAUGUCAAAUAUUUAAAAUUGUCACUGAUUGUCAUUGUCUGACUGACAAUAUAUGCUGACAAUAUUAUAUUCGGCUGAGUGCGUUGUAAGACAAAGAUAGAUUUGGAAAAUAUUACCACGGCAUUGUGUUCAUUUUUUUCGAAUCAUGAAAAAACCAAUAAAUAUUUUUGAAAAAUUUAAACGCAGAAUGAAAGAUUAAAUUAUUACCGAGGGCCGAAAGUCCCUUAGAAUAAAUAAAAAGUUUAUUUUGAAUGAGAUAUUUGAAAUUAAAAAUCACACUAAAUUUUCUCUUAGUUUUUCACCCCUGUAACUUAUUUAAAUAAACAUUAUAGAAGUUCUCAGGGACUUUCGGCCCUCGCUAAUAACGUAAUCUUUCAUUCUGCGUUUAAAUUUUUCAAAAAUACUUGUUAGUUUUCUCAGGAUUCGAAAAAAAUGAAUCUCUAUUUGAAUAGCAUUGCAGCCGAAAAUACGUACCGAUCCUCUUAAAUUAUUAGUCUCUUAUUGAAUAUAAUGAAACAUAAACAACACUUCAAACUUAUUCUGAAACUAUUUCUUGUGUCUUGUUAUAUUUAAUUAUUUUUGUGGUGUAAUAAACCACAACACAAUGCCACAACCCAUCAAAUUCAAUACUACAUAGAUACUAGGUACAUAUCAAAAUUGGAAAUGAUUGCGUUACUAAAUUAUUCCUUCCUUCAGAUAAUGUUCAACCCCCAUAAAGUUAAAGGUAAUUUUUAUACCUAAAUAUCAACAAUCUUUUACUCUCUACAAAACUGUGGAUUGCCGGAUUUCGGCGUGGAAACAUCCACAUUAUAUUGUCGAAAUAAUAAAGAAAGACGCUAAUCAAAUUUCUAACUUCAAAGAAAGGCAUUGAAUUAUUGAAUAGAAAGUUAUUCCUUUGCCUGUUGCUUUUAUUUUCUUUCUCUUUGUUGACAUACAAAUUUGUUGCAUUUUUUUUGACAUUUAUUUCGAAAUAAGAAAGAGUCAACAAAAAACAAAAGGCUUCCUUCUCUAACCUUAAUGUAUGCAACCCGUCAUUACAUUACGAAUCCGAAAAUUGUUCGCAGAGCGAAAAAUCCUGAACAUGUCCCAGGAUAAGUUUACGUUGACGCCUGCGCAUUGGAAACUAAUCCCGAACUUACUCUGAAUACGUUCGAUUUGUACUGCGCGAACACUACUAUUUAGUGUUUAUUCGACGAACUGUGGCGUACAAACAUAUUUGUUUUUGUGAAACCGGUCUUUAGUAGUUCGUUGUUCCUCGAUAUUAAAAAAAAUGGUGUUUAAGGGAAAAAUUGUGAUAUUUUAUAAUUUUAUCUUAGUAACAAUUGUCUAGAUUCUAGAUCCUAAAAUAUACACAAUAUAAAAAGUA